AACUGUCGCUCACCUGGUGAUUUACAUCAUGGUCUUAAAAUCGGUAAUAACUACACGCACGGAAAAACAGUUCGAUACUCUUGUAACCUUGGGUACACACUUGAAGGCGAGGCUGAACUGACUUGUGUAGAUGGAAGGUGGAACACUGCCUCUCCCAAGUGUAAAGGUUAGCGCUCAUUGUUGUUGUUAAAGAUAAAAGCUUGUGUUGAUUUUGGAGGUAAAGCGGGUCGUUUUAUUUGGAACUUUUUAAAUUGCGUGACAGAUUUCGGUAAUGGUUGCAAAAUGACCUACAUACCUCGCAACUUUGAACCGUUCAAAGAAGAAUUAGCUCGCGUGGGUCUAUUCAAGUUGCAGUUACUUAAUACCCUGCUAUGUUCAUUUCUUUUUCUAGUUCAUUACAUGUAAAUGACAAAGGCUAAAAGAUUUUAACUACCAUGUAUAUAUUAUAGCUGUUGAGUGUGGUGAUCCUGGCAAACCAGCAAACGGAAAGCAGAUUGUCAAGAAAGGCUACGUCUAUGGUGGAUCAGUCAAGUUUGUUUGUGACAAGAAUUACACUCUAGUGGGGACUGAUGUUAUAUAUUGUCAAGCUAAUAGGAGUUGGAGUUCCUCUGUUCCACGUUGCUUAGGUAAGUGCCAUGCCUAA